GGAGCGUCAGAGAAUGGCGCUGCAGCUGGUGAGUGGGCAGGUGCACCGCCAUCUGCUCCAGGGAGUCCAAAUGCGCAAAAGAACUUCGCACCCAGGACUUGUCCCAGGCACCGCGGAUGCCAGGACCCGCUGGGGACUCGGCUAACCCCGCCCUCUCGUGGUGACGAUUGGCUGAACCCUUGCCCAGUGCAAAGCGGCGAUUAACGGAGACCGCAGUCUUUCCCGCAAGUUCAGACGAGGCGUCUCUCAGGACGUGAGACCCGCCCGGGGUGAGUGAAUGGGGGCUUCAGUUCUUCCUGCCCGAAGGGUCCUUGAGAAGCCUGUUUGUUUUUCCCGGCGCCUGUCUCCACCCAGCCCGUCCUCUCAUUGGCCAGGCCCGGUGGGCGGGCGCCUUCCCAUUGGCCGGGGGGCGGUGUCUGUCUGGCCGGGAGGAGGGCGGGGCCUCCGCGGCGCUGAGCUUGCCCUUGUGUCUGGUGCGCGUUAGAGCCGCCGCCGCCGCCGCCGCCGCUGCCGCCUCAGCCGCCGCCGCCGCCGCCGCCGCUGCAGCCGGAGCAUCCGGGAGCCGCCGCCGCUACAGCUGCUUCCACUGCUGCCGUCCCCCCUCCCAGGACCCCGAGACACCCCGAGCGCGUGCGGCGGCUGCUGCUUGCAUGCACCCCGUCUCCCCCUGCCCCUCCCUCCCGUGACCUCCCCACUCCUCGCAGCCCUCGUCCGCACCUUUCCGACACCCCGCAUCCUUGCACCACCUGCUCGGGCGGCCCCGGCGGGCGCUCGGACUCGCGGUGCGCGCCCAGAGGAAGGAAGCUCGGACCCCGCGCCUGGCAGACGGGCUGUCGCGGCUGCACCAUCACCAGCAGCAGGAGGAGAGGAAACUAUUUCGCCCACCGCAAUCCCAUUCUGCGGGUGCUUCGCCGCCGCCGCUUCUGCUUCUGCUGCCGCCGAUCCGCGUCCGCGGGUUCGAACACCGCAGCAGCGGGGACCGUGGUCCGCCGGCGCCGCGAGGAGGAGGACCCCGGCGGGCGGAGAGCCCUGCACCCCGCUGCCCGCUCACCAGCAGCAGAUCCUCGCCCCCGGGCUCCCUCCCCAGCCCUUCAGAGGAGGGACCAUGAUUUGGAAACGAAGCGCCGUCCUCCGCUUCUACAGCGUCUGCGGGCUCCUGCUGCAAGCUGCUGCUUCAAAAAAUAAAGUUAAAGGCAGCCAAGGGCAGUUUCCACUAACACAGAAUGUAACAGUUGUUGAAGGAGGAACUGCAAUUUUGACCUGCAGGGUUGAUCAAAAUGAUAACACCUCCCUCCAGUGGUCAAAUCCAGCUCAACAGACUCUGUACUUUGAUGACAAGAAAGCUUUAAGGGACAAUAGGAUUGAGCUGGUUCGGGCUUCUUGGCAUGAACUGAGUAUCAGCGUCAGUGAUGUGUCUCUCUCCGAUGAAGGACAGUACACUUGUUCUUUAUUUACAAUGCCUGUCAAGACUUCCAAGGCCUAUCUUACUGUUCUGGGUGUUCCUGAAAAGCCUCAAAUUAGCGGAUUUUCAUCACCAGUUAUGGAGGGAGACUUGAUGCAGCUGACAUGUAAAACAUCUGGUAGUAAACCUGCAGCUGAUAUAAGAUGGUUCAAAAACGACAAAGAGAUUAAAGAUGUAAAAUAUUUAAAAGAAGAGGAUGCAAAUCGCAAGACUUUCACUGUCAGCAGCACACUGGAUUUCCGAGUGGACAGGAGUGACGACGGCGUGGCGGUCAUCUGCAGAGUCGACCAUGAAUCCCUCAAUGCCACUCCUCAGGUAGCAAUGCAGGUGCUAGAAAUACACUAUACACCAUCAGUUAAGAUUAUACCAUCCACUCCUUUUCCUCAAGAAGGACAGCCUUUGAUUUUGACUUGUGAAUCCAAAGGAAAACCAUUGCCAGAACCUGUUUUGUGGACAAAGGAUGGUGGAGAAUUACCAGAUCCUGAUCGAAUGGUUGUGAGUGGUAGAGAGCUAAAUAUUCUUUUCCUGAACAAAACGGAUAAUGGCACGUAUCGAUGUGAAGCCACCAACACCAUCGGCCAAAGCAGUGCAGAGUAUGUUCUCAUUGUACAUGAUGUUCCCAACACUCUGCUUCCCACUACUAUCAUCCCCUCCCUUACCCCUGCAACAGUCACAGCCACUGUAGCCAUAACAAGCAGUCCAACCUCCUCUGCAACAGCCAAGAGCAUAAGAGAUCCCAAUGCUCUGGCUGGCCAGGCUGGUCCUGAUCAUGCUCUUAUAGGAGGAAUAGUGGCUGUAGUUGUAUUUGUCACUCUGUGUUCUAUAUUUCUGCUUGGUCGAUACCUGGCAAGACAUAAAGGAACAUAUUUAACAAAUGAAGCUAAAGGAGCUGAAGAUGCACCAGAUGCUGACACAGCCAUUAUCAAUGCUGAAGGCAGCCAAGUCAAUGCUGAAGAGAAAAAAGAGUAUUUCAUUUAAAAUGCAGGCCAAGAUUCCAAGUUUUACUUACCAGGCUGGCUGCUGGAGAAAACUGGCUAUCAUCUUUCAGAAUUCAUUUCUACCAUCUUCUGCUUCCUUUAUUAACUUCCAUACCGUACUGCUAUCCGUAGCCAGUGCAUACCAGCAAUCAGCUGUCGAAAGCAUCCUUCUUUAAUUACCGUACCAUUCAUAAUGCAGGACAUUUCUUACUGCCUAAAUUCCACACCAUUGCUCUCUUAACAUACAGUGCUUGAAUAUACAGCCUUAACAAUGUUAAUCAUUUCCUUGGAUCAUGAUAAUUGAGUUGUUUUUAUGCAUUGAAAAAUGUAUGCAGAGAGUUUUGUUUUUGUUUUUACCCCUCAUUUUUCACCCUCUUUAAGUCAUGGACUUAGUCAGUUUGCUAUCGGACAGCUUUCACAAGAAACAGGAUUAGAUGACGAGCUAAUGUGCUUAAAUUUAAUGAGACAUUAGAGGUUUACAGACAAUAUUUUCUACAUGUCUCUAUUCAAGGACAUGCUUAGAAAUAUAUGCCCUAGGAAACACAAAUGGAAAACACUAUAGUAUAGCUCUGGACUGUUUGUGAUAUAUACUGGUAAAGCUGCAUCAAUUUGCUAUUUUAAAAUAUAGCAUUUGAUACAGGAGCCAUGUGUACGAAUUGUAAUCAUGUCAUGGUAUCUUAUAUAAUUAUAUAGCUCCCAUCAUUAGGUUACUUUAGCUGUUUACCAAUAAACUGUUACAAACAUUUUACUGCUUUGGGAAUCACAAAGAUUUCAUUCAUUGCUCUGAUUUGAUUCUGUAAUUUAUUUGCUUCACAAGAACUCACCUUCUUAAACAAAAUUGAAAUAUCCAUAGGGCACAAUUUUGAAACAUUUUAGUAUCUGUAUAUAGUGCAUAUAAUAAAUCCAAUUACACAUUAUUUGAUACAUAUUUAACUUUUUGGCUGUAGGUAAUUCAAUCAUAAGUAAGCAUUUUCUAAUGCCCAUUAUAUCCCUUUAGAUAUUACUUAAACCAAUAUUAAAGUAGAUAACAUGUAUUAGUAUUUUGUCUGUAUGUCCUAGCACUGUUCAACAACAAAUUUUUCUAGUUCUUGUUAAUUUUUAUUUGUUAUACAAUGGAAGCACAAUGUUAUAAGGAAAGGUAAUUUUAAGCUAACAACCAGUGCACAGCCUCAGGUUUUAAAUUACAACCACAAUAGAAUAACCUAAAAAUAAACUCUUCGUUUGUUAAAAUUUUACAAAUUUUCAUUUGGCAGUUCCAGAGCUGCUUGCCUAUGUUGGUUUGCCAAAAAGAAGUGUUUAAGAUAUGUUUUCUGUAUAAAUGAACUAAUUCUUUAUAUUAAAUUCCUGUCUAUGCAUUUUGAGGUACAAACUUAUGAAACAAUGAGUGAUAGAGAAUUUCUGCCAUUCUUUUACCUCGAAGGUGAAAGUCUCUUUCUCUGGAUUAUUUCUGAAUUUUGGUGUAUUUAACCAUUAAGAAAUGCUGUAUUCUUAAAUAUGACACAGAGUUAUCUAAAGUUAUAUUAUUUCUUCAAGUAAAUAACAAUAUUGUUAGAUUAGUUCUCAUUACAUUUGUUAUUUGCUAAAGAUUAAAAAUCCAGUUAGGUAAAAAUUAUUUUCCCAUUUACAAGCAUUGCACCUUUAAGAAGAAAACAAAUAUGAUAAUACGGAAGUUAUACUUGUGAUGUCAAAGCAUGAUGUCCUAUGGUUUUAAAAAUAUCUUGGAAUUCAUAUGGGGGAAAUGAGAAUGUUCAAGUACGACAUAAAGUGUUAAUAUCAAAUGGAAGACAAGGGUGCUGUAUCUUAGAUUACUUAUCAAAAAAGUUUAAAUUCUUUAAAGAUGUUUGAAUUUUAAAUUGUUUUUUUUUAUUGUUGAAACAUUUAUCUUGUUGAUUUCUUACAAAAGAAAAAGGAUGAUGUCAGUCAAGCAGCACUUUUUCAGAAUAUACAGAACAUAAAUAAUAUGAUGUGGUUGAGUGUUAACAUAAUAAAUCAUAUACAGUAUGACAUUUUAAGGAAAUAAGUCUGCAUUGAUGUGAUUGCAUGCUUGUUUUUACAGUUCAAUUCAUACCAUCUGUGGAAAAAUGCAAUAAUAUGUUAAUAUAGUGUGGUAGUUUGAGAGAAUCCGGUAGGUGCUACUAGACACAUUGAAACUAGAAUAGGUUUAUAAACUGUUCAUCUAUUUCAACGCAUAACUUUUAGAAAGAAUCCACAAAGAAAAAUUCAUCCUGUUAGAAAAAAUGAAAAGGUUCUUAUUGCAGAAGUUAUAUAAACUACAUCAUCAAUUACUAUUUAAAGCCCAAUUUCAGGAUGCACUUACAAAAUUGCUACUCUUUAUGGAUGUAUUUACAUCUCUCUUCAUUUCAUCUAUAUUCUACUUUGCUCCAACUGCUAAAUUGUUCCCAUUAUUUAGAACACUGUAAAAUUAGGGAUCCAUUUCAAGAUUUUUGAUUAAUUAAUCCUUUGGAGUAAUGUAGAAAAUCAUUAGAAGUAUUAAAAAGAAACUAACUAACUGGUAUAUUAUGAUUUCUGGGUUUUAAUCAAACAUUUUGCCAGUUCAAUAGAUAAAUUUGAAUUAGUAUUGUUUUUAGUUACUGAAAAAAAUAGCAAAGGAAUUAUAUUUCCCAAUUUUAAAAAUUAUUUUAUUUCCACCAAACAAAAUAAAUAAAAUAUAACAGCUGCUUAUUUCUAUAAAAUUUAAAAUAAAAUGAAAUAACAUUUUUAAAUGGACCCAUGUUAAUUGCAACAUAUGAAAUAUGCACACUCAUACCCACAGAGCCAAAUUCUGUCUCUGCUUAGUGAGCAUAAUAGCUAUGGAACACACACACACACACACACACACACACACACACACCCUAGUAGGAUAUGAACAUUAUUUUUUACCCAAAGUAGCUAUUCUCUGCCAGUGUACUGUUUACAAUGUAAAAUGGUUGUCCUUCAUCAAAAAAGUAUAAGCAGUAUUUUUCUUUAUUUCCAUUUUUGAGUGCCCUAGAUGGAACAAUUAUCAAGAUUAGGAAGAAAAAGAAAAGUUUGUGAGUCCAAGAACAAAGACAGAGAGCAUGAGCAGAGUAUUGAGGCAUGUGUGGGUGUGUUUAAGUUCAUGUGUGUGAGAGGAGAAAGACAUUGAUUGAUUGAUGAUUGACUUCAACUUGUUUUCUUUAACAGAGAAUUCAAGAAGCAGUUUAAGGAACCUGAUAUUGGCAUUUAAACUAGAAACUGGAUGAUCUGAUAUUGAUUCAAGAAGCUUAAUCUUUCAUUGAAACCCCACAAUUAAAAUAAAUAAAUAAAUAAAAACAGAGAAAGAAAACUUCCUCCUAAAUAUGGCAAAGAAGCUAACACUUCAUUUAUUUUUAUUUUUUGUAAAAAAUAUAUAAAUAUCUCAAUUAAAAGACAAGUUCACGUGUAGUUAUUUACUCAUGACUGUAAUAGCAUUGAGAUACCAUAUAGGCACAUGUACAGCAGCUGUGACAGUGACGGUUCUUCCAUGUAAUAUAGCAGUUAUCGUGUGAUAUAGUGCCACUUAUUGCAAAGUGUUACCAAGGGGAACAUUUAAAACAUUUUUCCUUUUUCUUUGGCCUUAAAGAAUAAUUUAAUAAAUGAUAAAUAUGAAAUUUUACAUUAGAUUUUUAACUGUGGAGAAAUGGAAAACUUCAUAUCUUACUACAACUUACUGGUCAUAUUACUAAUUACUCAGAGCCCUCUAUAAAUGCCCAAUAUUAUCCCCCUUUGCAAGUGUAACCUGUGAUAAAUAUACAAAA